AUGUCUACGGUCGCAGCUACUAAGAAGCUGGUUGUUUGCGGAGGAAAUGGCUUCCUCGGCUCUAGAAUCUGCAAGUAUGCUGUCGCUAGAGGCUGGGAUGUCACAUCCAUUAGCCGUUCGGGUGAGCCCAAGUGGAACGCGGUGACCUCAUCGCCAGCCCCUCCCCAAUGGGCACACAAGGUCUCAUGGGAGCGCGCCGAUAUGCUCAGCCCUGCAACCUAUGCCCCUCUCAUCAAGGGGGCUGACUUUGUCGUUCACAGCAUGGGCAUCCUGCUGGAAGCCGAUUACAAAGGCGUCGUUUCGGGCCAGGAGUCGCCUAUCACCGGUCUCCAAAAGGCAUUCGCACCUGUGAAGGACCGCGGUGUCGACCCUUUAAAGACCCCUGAGGGCAGCGACAUUAAGCCGGCCAAUCCCAAGGACCAGUUUUCUUACGAGGUGAUGAACCGCGACAGCGCCAUCGCCCUGGCUAAGCAGGCCAACGCUGAGAAUGUCAAGGCCUUCGUCUACAUCUCUGCCGCUGGAGGGGCUCCUGUCCUCCCUGCAAGAUACAUCACCACCAAGCGUGAGGCCGAGAGCACUAUUGCCAGUGAGUUUCCGCGUAUGCGCGGCAUCUUCCCGCGCCCACCCUUCAUGUAUGACAGCUCGAGGAAGUUCACCCUUCCAUUGGCUGCUUUGACUGGCGCUGGAGCCCUGUUCAACAGAAUUACUGGAGGUGUGCUGGGAGGAUUCAUGGGCGCGAGUGGCGUCAAGCCUCUGCCGGUAGAGUCGGUUGCAGAAGCUGUGGUGGAAGCAAUUGAUGACCCAUCGGUUCAGGGGCCGAUUGAAGUCCCUGAGCUCGAAGAGCUGGCGAACAAGGGUUGGAGGAAAACCAUGUUGUAA